GCAUGAACAUCGUCUAGAAUCAAGUCGACAUUAAUCAUUGCUUACCAUACCUACGCUACUACCGUACAAUUGAUGAUCUUCGCUACUGUGGUUACUUAAGCCUCCUUUCUGCUCCCAUUAAAUCGAGUACCACAGCAUUACUGCUACAACCCACUCACACUAAACACACGCAUAACCACCAUACCUCACAAUUACAAUGGCGCCACCAUCUUUUCGUGAUCUUCUCGGCAUGCCCGCUUCUACGGCCUCGACUAGCGACUCUGCUCUUCUUGUCAUCGACGCUCAAAACGAAUAUGCAUCAGGUGCUCUUACCGUAACGAAUGCUGCGGCAAGCGGAAAAGUUAUUGCCGACCUUCUCGACAAGUACCGUAAAGCCAACGGCAAGAUUGUCCACAUCCUACACCAAACACCGGAAGGUGCACCUGUCUUCACACCUGGCACCGACCUGGCAGAAGAAUUCAAGGAGGUCAAGGCACAGGACGGAGAAGAGAAGAUAUGGAAGAACUUCCCUGGAUCAUUCGAGCAAACCUCCCUCCACGAGACGCUUCAGAAGAUGGGUGUCAAGAAGCUCGUACUGACUGGCUACAUGGCACAUGUCUGCGUGUCCACUACUGCCCGUGAGGCCUUCCAGAAGGGAUACGAAGUCAUUCUUGUCGAGGAUGCUAUUGGUGACCGCGAUAUUCCUGGCGUCAAGGGUGAUGAGGUCACCAGAGUAGCGUUGGCGGAGCUGGCAGAUGUAUUUGGCACAGUGGUGAAGAGCUCUGACAUCAAGUAAUCGAAUUGAAGUCAAGAAGUAUAACCAAUGAAUCC